AUUCUGUCUAGGUCCCCCGUUCAACCACCAGCUUUUCUUUGCACGCAGCUGGCUGUGCUGGGCGGAGAGCGGGAGUGAAAUGGAGCAGAGGCAAACAGCGCACAAGGAGGGGCAGGCAGCCCUCGGCCCCAGGCUGGAGAAAACGCCUCCUUUGCGCAGGGAGCUUUGCUCCAUCGCCAGGAAAAGUUUGAAAUCCCUAAUUAAUAGAAACAUCACGUGGGCAGAGGUGUGUGUGCGCGAGAGACAAGCCCCAGUGUGUGAUUAGCAGCGCCGGGCUCCUCUGGCGGGGUGAGACCCAGCUCCGCUCCGCUCCUCCCGGGACGGCUCCGCGCUCUGCAGCCGGCGCUCCCCGGUCCCCUCGGCUGGGCUCGGCGAGAGGCAGGGGGCGCGCGGCGGGGAGAAAGUUUAGCACAAACUUUUCGGGGGCCUCUUUCAUCCCUGCUCCCCGCGAUGCCCUCCGCCUACACCCAGCGCUCCCUGGCCGCGCUGCUGCUCUUCGGCACGCUGGCGGCCCUCAUGGCGGUGCUCGCCUCCAUCCUCCUCUUCCAGCUGCAGGCGGGCCGGGCCCAGGCCGGCUCCCCCGGCGCCUUCUCGGAGCGGGUGGCGAGGGUGCUGCUGCCGGUCUCGGCCGUGCUGGCCGCCCUGUGCCUGGUGCUCAACGUCGGCUGCCUCCUGCUCUGCCUCCUGCACAGCUACUGCAGCGCCGAGGUGUGCCGGGGCGCCGCCGAGCCGGACAGAGCCGACUGGUUCCUGUUGGACAGCCGGAUGAUUCGGCAUGUUGCCAUUGGCUUGUUCUGCUGCGGUGUUUCUGUCUAUUUAGCAGCUCUCUCCAUCUACAUGCUGCUGCUGUUUGAAAUCGAGACUGGCAUAACCAGCGCCUGCAUCCUGUCCUCUGGGAUCAUCGUCCUGCUGAUCACGGUGAUGCACGCCUUCGUCAGAGCCUCCCAAGCCUCACGGCGCAGCCAGUCCGAGCUCUGCCGUACCCUCUACGAGAACGACUCCGCCCGGCGCAGCGACACCCCGGCUAGCGACCUCAACAAUAGCAAGAACGUGGCUGCAGCCCGCCCGCGGCCAGAGAUCCACCGAGAGUUCUCCUACCCACCAUACAUAGAGCAGAAGUCCCACCUUGCCUCACCAGGCAGAGGCAGCUUCACCUUGCCAGGAAGCCAUAGGCCACUGGCUGAGAAGGACUGCUGCAACCUGCCCCGGACACACAGGACACUGUCAGCAGAGCCAGGCCUGCUGCAGGUACAAGGCAAGCCCUGGAACAGCGUCACCCAGGAGAUGAGGAAUAUUUUGUCACGGAAGCCAGGAGUCUCUGGGAAAGAUUCAACUUUGGUGUGAAGGCUGGAGUGGGGAAGUCUCAUCCCACCGCUGCCAAGACCUGCAUCUCCCUUUAGCCCUUAACAUGGGCCAGUCUCCGCUCCGUCCCCACCUGAACAGCUGAGAUACCUGCCCAGGAGCUCGACCAGACAUCGGGCGAGGGGAAAUCUACUGUCCCACCCAAAUAAAAGGGACUUGGGAUC